AUGUUGUAAAAGUAUAAAGCAGCAGAGACCUAACAUUUCGAAGGGGAAGACAAGACAGUUGGCGGGAGAGAGAGAGAGAGAGAUUAGGGGAAGCUCGGGUCCAAAUCGAAAAUGCUAAAGGGAAGAGAAAGCUUGAGCCGAUUGGUGGGCAAACGCAGGCGCUUCCUUCCCAAUCGUCAUUCACUCCUCUCCGCCCCUACCACCACCCAGGGCUUAUUGAAUCUGGAUAUCGAUCCAAAUGGCAAGCUCGUGUCGCUGGAAGGCUCUUCAAAUCAAGACGAGCAAGAAAACACUGUGGUGGGCUCUGUUACUUGCCCUGUUUGCAGCGUCAAACUCAGUGCCCAAAACAACACCAUCAAUUCUCAUCUGGAUGAGUGUCUAUCUAGAGGAACCAAACGAAAGCUAACCCAGCGCACACUUCUAGAGCUGAACUUCUGCCCAGUGUCGAAAAUUCAAAAUUUUUCCUGUGACUCUAAAGAGUUUGGAAAUGAUUUAUUUCCUGCAGCUCAUGAUGAGAGUCAUGUACAAGAUGCGUUGUGGGGGUUGUCUAACUUAAGGGCUGUUGACGAAAGUCAAAAUCAGGUUGACAGUCCAUCCAGAAACCCAAUCAAUAAGGACAAGAUCAGUGUGGUGCCAGAUUUUGAUGUGAACAUCACUCAGGACGACAUAUAUGGGGUGAUUCUUGAAACUUUUAUUGUUGGCCGCAGGUUUGGUGAUGAAACUGAUUUAUAUCUUGGUGCAAGCAUUUAUCUCUCAAGAGAUCCUGAUAAUGCUAAGGAUCCUAAUGCUAUCAAGGUUGUUUAUUCAGAUUCAGGAUGCCUUAAAAUGCUUGGUUUUCUCCCUCGCAAGCUAGCUGAGUAUUUGUCUCCUCUGAUAGACCAGUAUCGUUUAAAUUUUGAGGGAUGCGUUACCUCUGUUCCCAAGCGUUCUAUUGAUGUUGUCCCAAUACAGAUAGUGUGUCACAAGAGCAGUGAUAAUAAGGACUUUAAUGAUGACAAGGUUUUCAAAUGUUUAUGGAGAAAUGCUCAGCAAGUAAUUGAAUCUACAAAGUCCUGUCCGCCCAGUGCAAUAAAAUAUCAGGAUAACUUUUGUGUUUUCAUACGUGAGGUUUUGAGAAACAGUUCUCACCUCUUGACAGAUGAUGAAAAGAAUUUCAUCGAGUCGUUUACUUCAAUGUCAGAUGAUAGUCAGAGGCUAUUUGUUCGGCUUUAUACACGGAAAGGCCCAUGGUUUCGGCUGUCUGCUAUUUCAUACCCAGAAGUACUGGAUCCCCAACAAGCAGUGAAAGAGCUAUCUGAGACAGGGUAUGGAUCUUGCUUUGAAAUUACAAAUAAACUAUCUGAUGAUGAUAUUAAGGAGAUUUUGGAUUUGCUCACUGUAUCUGAUCUACGUGAAAUCUUGUGCAUCCUUAAGCAGAGUUGCAAUCGUGGCCUAAGAAAGAUGGAUCUCAUUGCAUCUCUUAUAUCUUCUUACAAUGAAGAUUUGUGCCCAUUACUACCUAGUAUGGUUUUGCAUAGAACAGGAUCCUGUGUUAGGAUAUCUUCAAAUGCGGAGUCCCUUAUCUGGCGUGCUGAGAGGCUUUUCUUCCUGAAUGGUGAACAGGAUCUCUCAGCAUUUCUACUGGUGGAUUUGGGAAUAAUCAAGUAUCCAACUUACAAGUGCAUAGUCUCACAACAAAUUUUCUCAGCUCGAGAUGACUUGCUUGGCUAUGAAGAGGCUAUUGAAGUGGCACAAAUAGUUGAUGAAGCUCUUGAUGGAAGCAACACUGGAUUGGUCUUAAAGUGCAUAAAAAUAGCUGAUUCCCAUUUAUCAAAUCCAGUUCAAUCCUUGACCUCUGAAUCAAUGGCUCCAUUCCUUUCCCACUUUUCAGCAACAUUUGUCUACUCAAAAGUGGUUUUACUAGGAAUUUCUUUUCUUGAGCGUGAGCAUAGGUACAAUGAAGCUAUCUAUUUACUGAAAAGGCUGCUGAAUUGUUUUGCUCGUGACGGUAGAAGAGGAUACUGGACACUAAGGUUAUCAAUUGAUUUGGAGCACAUGUGCUAUCUGAAUGAGAGCCUUUUGGUUGCUGAAAAUGGGUUACUAGAUGAAUGGGUGCGUGCUGGUUCAAGAGUGGCACUUCAAAGGAGAGUCCUUCGCUUGGGAAAACCACCGAGGCGAUGGAAAACUCCUAGUUUUGCAGAGUCUGUCAAGAGGAAGAUCAUGGAGGUCAAUGUUCAAGGGAGACCUCUAAAUUGUGCAAUAGGCACGAAGAGCAGGUUUUAUGGAGAAGAUGGGGAGCAAUGUGGUGUAGAGCAGCUAGCUCUGCAGUAUUAUGCCGAGGAAGGUGGAUGGCAGGGUGUUCAUACAGAGAGUGGCAUUUGGUUGACUAUUUUUGGACUUCUUAUGUGGGAUAUUAUAUUUUCCAAUGUACCAAAUGUCUUCCGCACCAGAUUUCAGACUGCUCCCUUGGAUUUAGAGACUGAGAGCUUUUAUUUAGUGAGAAAGAACCAAAUCGAGUCUCACCUACAGAAAAUUCAUGAUGGUAUGGCUGAGGAGAUUCUCAUCACUUCAUGGGAGUUACAUGAGGGAACGGCGUGUAGAGGAGUUAACUGGGGGCGACAUUCCCUCUCUGAGCUUCGGGCAGCUGUUACAUGCAUUGGUGGCCCUUGUGUGGCUGCAUUUUGUCGACAUCUUGCACAAGAUUAUCGUAGUUGGUCAAGUGGAAUGCCAGAUUUACUUCUGUGGCGCUUUCAUGGGAAAUACAGAGGUGAAGCAAAGCUUGUUGAAGUUAAAGGCCCCAGGGAUAGACUCUCUGAACAGCAGCGAGCAUGGCUAUUGCUUUUAAUGGAUUGUGGAUUCAAUGCCGAGGUCUGUAAAGUGAGCCCUAUUGUCUGAACCUUCUAGGCUGAUUUGGUUUUCAAUUGGAAUGAGAAAGGCAUCCACGAGGAAAGACUUAACACUGAAGAAUUUACUAGGAUUAAAAGUGCAAUAUAGCAACUGGAUCUGCUCUUAAAUGAGUUUACCCUUCAAACUCCAGAAUUAUUAUCGGAUAAUUCUAGGAUUGGCAAGUACUUGACUGCCAAGCUUUCACCUUGAAGAUGGCUUCCCAGUGAUAGAAGUUGAGGCAAGUAGAUCGUAAUGCAUUUCUGAGGCUGGAUUCAAGCUUUUCUGGAUAUUAGGGAAAGAUGGCCAUUUCGUGUUCAGCUUGAAGAUGGUUUCCCAGAGAUAGAAGUUGAGACAAGUAGAUCAUAAUGCAUUUCUGAGGCGGGAUUCAAGCUUUUCUGGAUAUUAGGGAAAGAUGGCCAUUUCAUGUUUGUUAAGGGACUUUAAAUUCCAUGUGCUUUAGCACAUUGUGUCCCCAUUCUAGAUAAGCUCUACUUGCAAAAGGCCAUUAUGUAACCAGAGAAAAAAAGCGGCCAUAAUUUGUUGUUUUAUGGUAUAAAUUGCUGGAAUUUGGGAUAACUGGUUUACACUGUUACUAGAUGUUAAUCAUCUAAACUCGUGACCAAUUAAUUCAAAUGGAACAAAAUAAUGAUUCAAGCAUUUUGCAUCAUAACGUCA